AUGUCGACCGCCCUUCGAACCAUCUCCUUCUUCCUCGUUCUCUCCAGCCUUUCUGGUCUUGCUUCGGCUUUCACAUAUACACCUACUGAAACCCAGAUGAGAGCACGAAAUGUACCAAGUGCCGGUGGUUAUCAAUGUUUCUUCACAUGUCCUCAGAAAGCAUCGGGGGACUUCAGUUACGUUUAUGGCACAAAUGAUGAGUAUGGACCUAACGGGAAUACCCAUGUCAAUGUUUGCAAUUAUGACGACUAUUUCAAUUCUUCCGUCUGCUACUACACAGACGAUGGCCAGCUUUACUCGGACGACAGUCAGGGCUUCACAAAUGCCGAAGAUUGUCCAGCAACGGCUACAACCGGACCUUGUGCUCAAGAGAACCCCGAUGAAAACACUUAUUUCAGGAAAAGAGCAAUGCCUAAGAGAAUGUCUCCUGCGGAGAGACGACUCGCAGCCCGGCAAUACAAACCCAACUUUGAGUAG